CAUCACCAUCUCAUGACCCACAACUUCUUCUUCUUCUCCAACCUUUAACUCUCCAUAGCUUCAUCAAUCCUUGUCCAAACUAAGUGAAAUUGGAGUCUAUAUUGACUAAUUUUUCACGUAGUUUCUGAUUUUGACAAGAGAUUUACAAGAAAAUGCAGUUUUUGGGUCCGAAUUCCAAACCCUAGUCCGAAAAUUUUUGGGGGUUUUUGGAGUUUUUGUUUCACAAGCACUUUAGCAUCUUCAAAACAAGAAAAAUGGUUAAGACGAAAGAAAAAGCGGGAUCUAGUUCGUCAUCAUCGAAAGGGAAAGGCAAACAAGUGGAACAACAGCCGUGAAAAAGGCAAUAUGUGGGUCGGAUAAGUGAAAGCGAGAGUGGGAGUGAAGAAGAAAUGGAGUUGGAUCCACAUGAUAAGCCGGUAUGGGAUUCGGGUCCUCUGGAUGACCAGCCAGAGGAGUGGCAGCCAACAUUAUAUCAUGAUAGAAUGAAUAAGCUCAAGAACAAGGCAGCGGCCUUCAUUUGUGAACGAGAAGUUCGGGAAGUGGAGUUCCAACAGUUUGGGGUGUUUGAUAAAUUUCGAGCGUUGGGAUGGGAAUCGGCGCUUAAAUGUUUCGAUAAAGACAAAAGCAACUUGUUUAUGACCGAGAUACAAGAAUGGAUGGCGACUUUGAAAUGUAGCAAUUAUGACAAGCCAUCACAGAUGAAGUUAAUUGGUGAGGUACACGGGGUACCGGUGGAGAUGUCCUUUGACACAUUGAAGAAGCUCGGGAAGUAUGACAGUCUCCCGGCUCGUGAUUACAGGAUUCCCACUCUCGAUGAUCUGUUAGUGAAACCGGAGAAGCACCCGCGGUGGAACGAUAUGUUAGCAACAUUAUUUUUGCCGGGUACGUAUCAUGGAAUUUUGUACCGGAAAAAUUUGAGAAUCGAAGCAAAGCUGUUGCUAGCUAUUUGUUUGUUGAAUGUGAUACCGCGAAGAGGAGAUAAGGAACAGGUGAGAUAUCCGGAGGUACCUGUCCUCUAUUCGCUAAUGCAUGGGUCUCCCCGUUUUCCGAUACGCUAUCUCAUCAUGCACCACCUGUGGAUCAGCCGAAACAAAUAUGGAAGGGACAUUGUCCCAUAUUGUAGGAUCAUCACGGGAUUGAUGAAACAGCAGAAAGCUCUUACUUCGGAGGAUCGAGGGGUAACGAAGAGGCACCAACCGUUUACGUUAGACAAAAUGGGAAGUGGUUGGACAUAUACCCAAUCGGAGCGGUAUCACAAGUUAAAAUCCGAGGGUCAAAGAUGGAGAGCUCUUAAAGCGGGUGCAAGAGAUUUGUUACCGGGUGAAGCGGAUGAACCCGAGAGUGAAGCGGAGAUCCCAAGUGGGGAUGAAGAUUAUGAGGAGCAACCACAAGGCGGUGUGAAUUUGAAUGUGGGCCAAGGGGGUCAUGGUGGAGGUUUUGGUGGUGCUUUCUACGAUUAUACUAAGCGAUCUUAUGUGCCCGGGUGGGCGUAUGAAGGUACCAUGCAAGAAGUAAUAGCAAACCAAAGUCCCUCGGCUUCCGUCUUCGACACGUGGUCGGGACCGGAGCGGACGUUAUAUGACCAAAAUACCAUGAUGAGUGCAAGUAUCGAGCGUUCUUUGAAGCAAAAUUUUGAUCGUAAUGAGGCAUGGAACCGCACCUUUGCGUAUUCUCAAGAGGUGGAAACGAAUAAUCGGUAUUAUGACGAUCAAGAGAGGAGGAUGCACGCUGAUUAUCAUGCCGGGCGGCCGGUGGUUGUGGAUCCACAACAUGUGGAUUAUGCGUCUCUACCACCGUAUGAUGGUAGUGUUUCGUAUCCAACCCCGCCGAUCCACCACUCACAAUGGAUUGACCCAAGGCAACAAGAGGGAGCCCAACAACAACAAGGAGGAAGUAGUAGUAGCGGCUCUUUUGCAUUUGGAGAAUGGAACGACAUGAUGUCUUCCAUCUUUGGACCUCCGGGACCGCGCUACUAUUAGUAAGGUUGUGUUUCUCUUUUGUAUAUUUUUGUGCAUAUGUGUUAGUUUGUUUUGUUUUGUUUACGGUUGGGCGGUUGGGUGGUGUAUGAUUGUGUUGUUUUGUUGGGUUGGUGCUUGUUGGUGGUGUCAUGUGUUUAAAAAAAAGAAGAAAAACAUAAAAAAAAUUAUAAAAUGAAAAAUCUAAAAAGAAAUUUGGGGUUUGAGUGAAGAAGCUUUUUGUCAUGUUGAAUGAUUUUAGUGAUCAAAGCCUCCUAAAGUCAUACAUUGGGGUCAAUGUAUCCCAAGUGUGGGGAUGGGGGGAAUUUUUGAAGGUUUUGAAAAAUUUUGAGCCAAGCAAAACGAUGUGAAAAUUUGAACACCCUAGAUUAAACUCAAAUUGGUGCACCGGCAACCCUUGAUACCUUUUUCAUUCUUGGUGAGAAUUGUAGCCACACUUGUAUAUAAAUAAUGCUUA